AUGUCAAUUAAUAAACCGAAAUGGCCAAAGCCUACACUCUAUAAAGCAAAAGCAAAGACAAUUGAAGAAAAACUGAAAAGUGCAGAUUUUAUGGCACCCAACCAACCCUACAGCGGGAAAAUAAGGUUCGUUGAGAAAGGUUCAGCAAAGGCAAACUCGAGCAUAUCUGCAAAAAUAGAAGAUUCGAAUAAUAUGAGUCCAACCUACAGCCUGUCGGACGAUAGUCCGGCUCCAAAUACAGGCAACAAUAAUAACUUCAGCGGAGCAGGUGUCAACGCCUCUAAAGGUUGGAGUUAUAAAAAAUAUCCAAGAAAAAAUCAGUUCUCAUUGAACUGCAAAGAAAUAAUACUGAUAAAAAAUAACAAAUUACAAAUAUUGAUAGACACCUUAUCGAAUUUCUACGAUCUUGGAAUGGACUUCUUAAAUACUCUGCUGCCGUAUAAUGACUUGAAUAUUUCCUCAAGAGACAUGACACUCGUGUUAAUAGUGACAGGUUCUUUAGUAUCUGCAGAUGAAAACUUCGACGAAAUCUGGACUGCUGUAAUGGACAGUUUUAGAAUAGAUCUGAGCCAAGACCAACAACUCGAAGAUGUAAAUACUCCUGCAUUCAAAAAAUUAAUCACUAAUUUUUUGGCAUUAUCGGUACUGGUAUUCCUUAUAAACGGUGCAUCAUACUUGGAUAACAUAUUCAUUGGACAUAGAGCAAUAGAGUUGUAUCUGCAGCAGUACAAAAGUAUUGAGGGCCUCUCAAAUUCAAACAUGUUUACAUAUAUCAUAAACCAACGUAUCACUACUGAAGAGAAAGCGUUGGCAUUGCAUUCAAUGGUAUUAUUUGUACGGUACUCGACUUUCAUAACAACAAGUAAUCAAAAUGAAAAAUUGAGCAACAUAAAACUAUUUUAUGAUGUUUUUUUAAACUCUAUAUUCACGUAUAAUCCUCCUAACCAAUCAAAGACGCUACUAGAAUAUAUACAAGAGAUUAAUUACGAGGAUGUAAGUUAUCAAAUGUAUACAACAUGUGAUUAUUAUCUCGUUACAGCCAUUUGCGACUGCUUAUAUUUCGAACAUUUAUUCAAUAAUCCCAGCUUUGAAAGUAAAGAUCAAUUUCAUAAAGCAUUGAUUACAAUCAUUAAAAGUCAAAAUGAAAUUGCCAAUAAGAGUAAUUCCGAUCCAAAUUCCUCAACUCCAUUAAACCCGUUUUCCCAUCUGUUUAUGGAGAAUCCCAUGUAUGAUUUCUUCACGAUAAAGGACAGAAAAUCAAUUAGCGAUGGUUUCUGGAUACUGUUAGAGAUAAGUUGGUUAGAAUUUAUCAACAGCUACUAUGCUGAAAGUAAUAGCCAGAAGGUAUUGCCUGAACCAGCCGUCGCAGAAACUAAUUUAGAAGAAUCAGAAGAUGAUAUUGCUAAUGGGCUUAUGGGUAAAGAACAUUUAGAGGAAUUAGAGAGAUCAGAUACUCUCCAUGUCGAUAAAUUGAGUCACUUGUUUUUAAUCCCUACCACCAUUGUCAUUUCUCUUUUAACUUCUCCAAACAAGUUAGGAUUAUCAGAAAGAAAUUUGUUUUUAUUAGUAGAUGUUUUAUCUUUCCAAGUUAAUAUAUUUAGAAUCGAAAUUACAAAAAUUACAGAGAGCAAACAAUUUAAAGAUUCCUUGGAUAACCCAGUAUUGAAAGAGUUCUAUUCAAUAUGGAAUUACGCUCUAAUGUCGGAUGCAAUACAGACUAAUGCUAUGCCUGAUAGGGAUCUAAUAGCAUUUCAAGAUUUUUCAAGAAUCUAUUUCGUCCCUAAUGCGAUUUUGCCUAUGACUGAAUAUAGUGCUAAUGAUUUUGCCUUUGAAUACCACAGCUUUAUUUUGUCAUCGAUGAAGUUCAUGAAAUUUAAUAUAUUAAUGAACCGAUUGAUAACAUCUAGCACUUUUAUAUCUCAACAAAUGAAAAACGCUAUGAUCAGUAUAUGGGAAACUCUACAGCGAUCAAUUACUCAAAAUUGGAGUGCACCAGAGAUUGUCCUAAAGAAAGGCUUUUCAUACCCGACUGAAUCAAAUACGAAUGACAAAAAAAACUUUAUUGAGGUCGCCGAGGAUAAUACUACAAAUAAGACUGACAAGAUUAUAUUACCGCCACCAUUGUCCAUGACAAUGGUACCUUCAUCGUCUCAACCAUUAGCAUACAUGACACAAAGCCAAUCUUUUAAUACUAAAAAUUCUUUUCUUGGAACAAUCGGUACUUCGAUGAGCGCUACAAAUAGCAUAUCACAACGGAUUGGUUCUUCUGCCAUGACCUCACAACUUUCCAAUAGGUAUAACAUUCAACCUCCUGUAUCUAACUUCAAUAUUGAAACGGCUAACCAAUCAAAAACUGUUUAUCCUUAUGAAACCAAUAACACAAAUUUUCCUACUCCUUAUUCCAAUAUGAUGUUUAAUCCUAUGACAAGAGAUGAUUCUUUGAGCAUAAGUUCUAAUAGCAUGAAUUCGCGAAUUAGUAUGGGUACCAAUUCAAGCUCAACGAAGUCUCAGAGAAGCUUAAGUUUUAAAGCAAUUCCAAUGGUAGAAAGAACAGAAUCUAAUUACACUCAAUUUGUACAAAAUUCUAGUAUAUCUAGUAUUAAUCAAUAUUUAGGGAGCAAUGGUCCGCAAUUCAGUAACCAUAAAAUGUCAGCUACUAAUCAGUCUGGCAAUUCUCAAUCAAUUCCUGACUCUCUUCCUCUAAACCAAAAGUAUGAUUCGAAUUUCGGUGCACAAUAA